AUGAAGUUUUAUAUUACUGUUUUCCUUUGUUUUCUUGGGGUUUCAAUACUUAUGGCAAAACCUGCUAAAAGAUUUGCUGGUUUUGGUGUUACUGGAGUAACUUCUAAUUUUGGAUGUGUCGUAACUGGAAAACAAUUGUUUAUUAAUGGACUUUAUACACGUGAUUUAACUGAUUCUGAAAUGAGCGAGAUGAAUGAAUAUAAACACAAUUUAACUAAAUUUAAAGAAGCUAAAGAAUUAAUUAAUAAAGAAAGAUCUAAACAAGCUAAACAAAAAUUAACAGCAUUUGCUUUAUCUCGUGAUGAAAGUUCUAGUGAAACAGGAUCUACAACAACAUCAAGUGGAAAAGAUAAUAAAACUACAAAUACCCCAAUGCCAGAACCACCAAAAAAACCAUCAUUUUGCACUGAGGAAAGUACAACACAAUAUAUCUUUGAUGGAUGUAAAGUUCAAGGAAAAAAAGUUUAUGUUGGUAAUACUUAUGCUCGUGAUUUGAAUGAAACUGAAAUUCAAGAAUUAAAGGAAUUUGAUAAAGAAAUGUCAAAAUAUGAAACUUAUCUUCAAUCAAAUCUUCAAAAACAAUUAGAAAAAAUAUUUGGAAACAAAUUGUCUUCUCUUUUCUUAUCAUCAAAGGAUAUAUUUGAUGAUGAUUCAAAUUCUGUUUCUGAUCAAACUACUACAUCAGUACCAAAAACUGAUUUUGAGGGAGAAGAAGUUAAAAUGCCUACUCCACCAAACUUUUGCACAUUUAUUUACUAA